AUGCCCCCGGCUAGCCAAAAGAGCCUCGCCAAAUGCCCUUUUCCUGACGAGGACGCUCUGGCCCGCUAUGUUUCCUCGCCACACGAGGAUGGCUUGAACGCUUACAUGUACUCGACCCAUUUAGUUAAGUUCUCCAUGAUUGUAGCUGACAUUGGCGUAUGCGCCUCAAUCGCGGACCUCGUCGACGACGACGGCAAUAGCCCGGCCGCUCUCGAAAAUCACGCCCUUAACCUCUCAUCUGCUCCCCGAAAUCUUGAGGUCUGGCGCGACCAGCUACCUUCAGAGCUACUCCUGAGCCGGUAUGGGAACAGCUCCGGCAAUAGUGAGAUGCUCGAUUUUGAUCGUACCUUGACUCUGCCAAACAGGCUGCACCGGCAAGCGGUGCUCUUGGAGCUUCAUUAUCACAACGCGUAUACGCUGCUCCAGCGCCCCUUCACGCGUCUACACUACGCCCACACCAGCAGCAUGAUCACCUCACCCAACUCCCGGCAGCCGGGCGUUGAGUUGCACAUUGCUAGCGCACUCCACCACGCAAGUAUUAUCGUCGAUACUGUAUCCACGGUCUGCUCCAUGUCCGAUAUUUUCUACGGCUGGCCAGCUCUGGAACGCGGCGUUGACAAUCGUAGCCUACGUCCCCGCUAA